CUGUGCCAUAAUGCCAUUAGCAAUCAAUUGCUCGUCGAAGUUGGCAGCAUUUCAUUUCCUAACCUCGGAACUUGUUGUUAUUGUUAUAAUCAGUGAUUUUCAUCCGUGACAAGUGACUUGUAUUAGCUUCGUUUAGAAUUUUUAGUACAAACGGUAGAAAUGACGCGUCAUGCAAGAAACUGCACCGCAGGAGCGGUUUACACGUAUCAUGAGAAGAAAAAGGAUGCAGCAGCUUCGGGAUACGGAACAAACAGCCAGCGAGUUAGUAAAGAUUCUUUGAAAGAUUUCGACUGUUGCUGUUUGACGUUACAGCCCUGCAGAUAUCCAGUUGUAACAAAGGACGGCUACUUGUUCGACAAGGAGGCGAUAUUGGAGUAUAUUUUAACUAAAAAAAAGCAGUAUGCCAGGAAGCUGAAGGAGUAUGAAAAGCAACGGGAAAAAGACGAGGAACAGUCAAAGGAGCAAUCUGCUAAUGAAGAACUACAAAAGCUUCAAAAUUUCUUGAAAGCUGAGAAAAACAUCGUCUCCCAAAACAAAUUGCCAGCCGAUGAACCUGGCAGCUCGUCAAUCUCAAAUAUGAGCAAUGGAAGAGACAAGACGUUGCCCAGUUUUUGGAUACCGGCAAAAACGCCGCAAGCCAAAGAAGUGACACUACAAAAGCCCGACAAAAAUAUCUACUGUCCUGUCAGCGGGCAGGUUUUAAAAUUGAAGGACCUCAUACCGGUCAAAUUCACAGAGGUCAAUGACCCUGAUGACAAAAAAUCACUAAUACUUAAACAGGCACGAUAUAUGUGCCCCAUAACGCAUGACGUGUUGAGCAACAGUGUACCUUGUGCUGUUAUAAAAACAACAGGACACGUCGUUACAAUGGAAUGCGUGGAAAAGAUAAUAAAGAAGGAUUGGAUUCAUCCCUUAGAUGGCAGUACGAUAAAAGAAAGUGAUAUCAUAGUUUUGCAGAGGGGAGGCACCGGUUACGCUGCUGCUAAUGACUCACUUGAAGGAAAGCAUCAAAGACCUGUUUUACAAGCUUAGUUUUUCCAUCAAAAACCAUUUAUUCUGUACAAUGUACUAAAUCUAUAUUAUUGCUGGUUCUUUCAUAUAAUGAGGAAUAAACAAUUACUGCUAUUUA